AUGGCCAUUCGUAACGACUCCACCGCAAACGUCUUGUCUCCGGUGGGACUCGCUCAUAUCGUGCUGCAAACCUCUCAGUACAAGCCCAUGGUAGCAUUCUACAAGGCUUUCCUAGGUGCUCAUGCGACCUAUGAGAAUGAGGCUCUCUCAUUCUUGACUUACGACGAGGAGCACCACCGGGUAGCUAUUGGCUACGUGCCCGGAAUAUCACCUAAGGUCCCGGUAUCUGCUGGGCUGGCCCAUAUGGCCUUUUCCUUCAAUAACCUAAGCGACCUACUGCAGGCCUACUGUCAGCGAAAGGCACGAGGUAUUAUGCCUAUCUGGGCAGUGAACCACGGCCCCACGACUAGCAUUUAUUACCAGGACCCCGACGGGAACCAGAUUGAGACGCAAGUGGACAAUUUCCGAACUGUUCAGGAGGCGAAUGAAUUUAUGCAGACUCCAGAGUUUGCCGAGAACCCGAUUGGUGCAGAUUUUAAUCCCGAGGAGCUGAUCAAGAAGCUGGAGAAUGGUGCGGACGAGGAGGCUUUGAAGAAGAGGCUGCGCGUUGGGCCGCGGGGCGUGGAGGCGAUACCUGUACCUCCUAAACCCGACGUGCGUGAAAGCUACGAGGUCAUCGACAUUUUGAGGGAGUGA